AUGGACAAUAGAAGUUACUCGACUCUGCCAGACAAACUGUCUGUCUUCUCUGAUCCGGCCCACUUGCCCCUGACCAGGUCCUUCUAUCUGGACCCCAUGGUCACUUUCCACCUGUACCCCGAGGCCCCAGUGCCAAGCCCCUACUCUGAGGAGCUGCCGUUGCUGUCCUUCCCCAGUGACUCCCUGCUCAUGGACACUUACGGUGACCAGUGUCCCUACCCCUUCCCGAUGCCUUACCCGAGUUACAGAAGGUGUGACUACUCCUACGGGCCAGCCUUCAUCCGGAAAAGGAACGAGCGGGAGAGGCAGCGGGUGAAGUGCGUCAACGAAGGCUACGCCCAGCUGCGACACCACCUGCCGGAGGAGUAUCUGGAGAAACGCCUGAGCAAGGUGGAAACCCUCAGAGCCGCCAUUAAGUACAUCAAUUACCUGCAGUCUCUUCUGUACCCUAAAGAGGCUGAGACCAAGAAUAACCCUGGGAAAUCUCCCACCAGCGUUGUCAACCCCAACCGUCACACAGACCCCAUUUUUAGAAUCAUUUGA